GGUCCCACGUUCCUCCCACCCUGUAAUUCUGUAUACCUUGAAUGAAAUAAUACAUUCAUCUGGGUUUUCUUUUCCAUUUUCCCUUCUCGUCUUGUGAAAAUCAUGAAUCUCUUCUAUUGCUCUUGUUCAAGGAAACAAAGAAAUCCCUCUUUUUUAUUUGUUGAUCUUCUCCUGUAGAUUCUUAUACAACUCUCCUUGAUUAGCUUUUCCAUAAACCAAGUUAGAUUCCAGCAAACUGCAACAUACCCAUGUUCCUUUUGACCCUGUUCUUUCAAACUCCUCUUCAAAUCUAGGGUUUUUAUGGGGUUUAUGAUCCUUAGGGUUUAUUGGAUCGACUACAGCGUCACCUUAUUCGUAGGUUGUGUUCUUCUGGGUUUUUGAAUUAGGCUUCAUGUUGGUGGAAUUUGAUAGUGAUCACCAUAUCCUGGACAUUCAUAGGGUUUUAUUAUAUUCCUCAUUUUGCAAUGAGGAUCAGUGUUAAUCGGUUUUAAGAAGAGUCUGCUACGUGGUUUUUUCGAGUCCGUACUAUAUUUAUUGGGAUUCCAUGGCUUAUCUGUCGAUUCCGGGUUCUGGUUCUGGUUCGGGGUCGGGAUCGAGUUCGAAUUCCGGGUUUCAAUUCUUGAAUUCCCCUUUUGGGGACACCACUUACACCAAAGUCUUUGUUGGUGGAUUGGCUUGGGAGACGCAGAGCGGGACUCUGCGGCGAUACUUCGAGCACUACGGAGAGAUUCUAGAGGCAGUCGUGAUCACUGAUAAGAAUACAGGGAGGUCGAAAGGAUACGGCUUUGUGACUUUCCGUGAUCCUGAGUCUGCGAGGAGGGCCUGUGCAGAUCCAAACCCUGUUAUUGACGGUAGGAGGGCUAACUGUAAUUUGGCCUCACUUGGGCGGCCAAGGCCAGCUUCAUCAUAUGGGCGCUUGAGGUCAGCAGCACCCUUUGUUGGAAAUUUACAAGUUCCCCAUGGAUCUUAUGCAGGAAGCCCUGGAUACCAUCAACCAGUUUCUUACAGCUACCAACAAGGAUUUGCAUAUCCUCCAUAUGGGUACACAACUUACGGACAUGAAUAUGUCUACCCACAGGGUGUUUAUAAUCCUUACAUGAAUCAGCAAUAUCUUCAGAUAUAUGGGGUGCCAGGGACAGUUAAUCCAGCUAUCUAUCCAUUUGGACAAUAUGGUCAGUCUCUUCCUGGCAGUCAUGGGUAUACAGCAGUCCAGGGCUACACAAUGCCAGGCCAUCAUCUUGUGCAAUAUAGUGGGCCCGGCAUCAAUGGAGUGACCAGCGCUCCCAUUCCUGCAAUUCAAGUAUCAUAUCCUACAGGUGUAACAGCACCAGUUCUAUCACAGCCGCAUUUCAUGGUUCCUGCUCAUUCUCCUAAGUUCACCCAGGGUAGUGGGUCAGACCAAACGGCAAGUUGAGGGAUAAAUCAAAUGAGUUGCAUCUUGAGUUUUUUAUCUGCAGGUAUCCUUAGAUUGCAGCAGGACUAAGAGCAGCGGUACUGCUACUUGAGUGGCGGGCUUCGAAUCUAGCCUUGCAAGUUAUUAUCUUUGCAUUCUAGAGGUCAUCCAUAGUCAUGGAGAUAGCACAAAAGUCAGAUGUCGUGUGCUCCCUGCAACAGUUGCUGGAGCCAGGAACAGGGAGGAGCAUGGAUCGCUCCUCUGUUUCCUUAGUGUCUGUAAAUCCCUCCUUUCCUGCCGGACAUCGAGAUUGCUGGCAGAGUAUGGAUUGGUGGAUGCUGGAAUAUGGUUUUCCAGCAACCAUGUAGGUGCAAAAUUGUGUAAAUCCAUCAUGUAGAAUCAAAAUAUGAUUCAUUGAUGUAGACCCAGGAUUUGGGCGUAUAGGUGUCAGUCCCUAGUUGUGUGGAGGGUGGGUCUUCUUGGCCUGUAUUUAACAGUCUUGUGUAUAUCUAUAUUUAUUGUGGGAUUAAUGUUUCUAUUACUUGUUCCACACUGAAAUCCAUGUAAUUUAGAUUACUCUUAAGUGCCUUCGAACAUGUGUCGGAUGAGGUAAUAAGGGAUUUUCAAAGUUUUAUGUUGC